GAGGUUGAUAAAUUAUUUUUAAGAUUUACCAUAUCAUAGUUUUUUAGUGUUAUCGUUUAGGAUGUUGUGUUAUACAUAAGAACUUAAUUUAAUUAAAAUAUUAAAUGAUUAUAUAAAUAAUAACAUGACUAAUAACGACUGUAUUAAAGACGCGUAUCCUCUACAUUGGUUAAUUUGGCACAAUGAUUAUGAAUCACUUAAAACUGAACUUGAUAAAAAUGAACAUUAUAUAGAAGCGUUAGAUCCACGUGGAAGAACACCACUUAUGCUCGCAGUAACCUUGGGUUAUUUAGAAUGUUCUCAAAUUCUUCUUGCAAAUAAUGCUGAUGCAAAUGCUUCUAAUGCUGAAGGAUGGACGGUUGUGCAAGAAGCUGUUGCAACAGGUGAUCCAGAAAUGUUAUCUAUGGUAUUGGAACAACGUGAUAUUCAAAGACAUAGCAGUAGAGUAGGAGAUAUUCCCAAGUUAUUACAAAUGUUGAAGGAUGUUCCUGAUUUUUAUAUAGAGAUGAAAUGGGAAUUUACCAGUUGGAUGCCACUGGUGUCUCGUAUGUGCCCCAGUGAUGUAUAUAGAGUUUACAAGCAAGGAUCAAAUGUUCGAAUAGAUACAACUUUGCUUGGAUUUGAUAACACAAACUGGCAGCGUGGUGAUAGGUCAUAUAUAUUCAAAGGAGAAGAUGAUGUUGCAACAUUGAUGGAGAUUGAUCAUGAAACUUGUACUGUAGCUUUAGAAACUCUCAGAAGUUUAUCACCAGAUGCAGCAAAUGGAGCUUUAAUACCUUCUGAAGAUAUAUUGUCAGCCAGAUUAACUGCACCCAUCUGUACAAAUCAUAUUGAUACAGAUAAAAUAAGCUUUGAAAGAAACAAAAGUGGAAUUUGGGGCUGGCGAUCAGACAAGGCAGAAAUUGUGAACGGGUACGAUUGCAAGGUGUUUGGAGCAAGUAAUGUAGAAUUUGUAACAAGAACACGUACUGAACAUCUUUCUGAGAUAGACAAAAUUAAGGCUAGGAGUCCAAAAUCACCUUUUCAGAAUUUACUUGGACUAGCAGAAAAUGAAGAACCAACUGCAUCUGCAAUUGCUGAAGAAGAGCGAAUUCACAACAACACAAAUGUGUCAAACAUCACAGCUGAAGAAUAUUUUUCUCAAGAAGAUUUAAUGGGCAGAGACAUUGGUAGACCGAAAGAAAUGACAACAAAAGUGCAAAAGUUUAGGGCAACUUUAUGGCUUUGUGAGGAAUAUCCAUUGCAAUUGCAACAACAAAUAAUGCCAAUACUAGAUUUGAUGGCCACAAUGGCUUCACCUCAUAUUAAUAAACUUAAAGACUUUAUAACAAUGCAUCUUCCAGCAGGGUUUCCUGUUAAAAUAGAAAUACCAUUAUUCCAUGUAAUAAACGCUAGAAUAACAUUUGGCAACAUAUUUGCCUUAGAAACACCAGUGAAUAAUAUAAGUCAAAUUAAAGAAGAAUCACAAAUAACAUGUAUUGUUGGAGAUGAAUGCUUUGUGGCACCACCACAUUAUGUAAAAAUAGGACCUGGAGGACGAAGGCAGCACAGCUUUGAAGACGAAGAUGAUCUUUUACAAUAUGCUAUUCAACAAAGUCUAAUUGAAGCUGGCAGUGAAAAUGAUCAGGUUGAUAUUUGGGAGGCACUUAGAGGCCAAAGACCAAAUUCUCCGUCCAAUAAUGUAGAAGAUGAAGAGAAAGAAUUACAAAGGGCAAUACAAGAGAGUUUAUCUAGGAGUGCAAUACAAGUAACAUCAGAAGAAAAUAUACCACAAGAUACUGCUGACAGUGAUUUGGAAUUGGCAUUAUUAUUAAGUCAACAGGCUCAGAGUGACUUAGAAAGAGAACGCCAAAGAGAACAGCAAAUUCUACAAGAAAUUUUAGAAUUAUCACUGACGGAGAAAUAG